UACGGUAGUCUUCUUCUCUUCCUAUAUAAUAGUGCGCGCUAGCUAAGUAAAUCCCACCAUCACAAUUCACAACUUUUAUGAAGUCCCAGUAAUUGCAAUUCCUCUAUGUUGGCAUUCCUAGCUAAAUGGAAUACAUGACUUUUGCAUUAAUGCUUUUGUGCUUUCAUGUAAUAUGGCUGUCAAUAGCAUGCCAAGGCUUCAGCAGCCUGCAACCACAUAAUCUUAGCAGCUGUAAUCUCUACGAGGGGAAGUGGGUAUUUGAUGACACGUAUCCUCUAUACGACUCAGCGGUCUGUCCCUUCAUAAAAAAAGAGUUCAACUGCCAGAAAAAUGGAAGACCAGACAAGUUGUACCUCAAAUACAAAUGGAAGCCAACUGCUUGUGAAUUGCCAAGAUUUAAUGGAGAAGAAUUCUUGAGGAGAUACAGAGGAAAGAAAAUAAUGUUUGUAGGGGACUCUUUGAGCUUGAACCAGUGGCAGUCUCUCACUUGUAUGUUGCAUUCUGCAGUGCCCUCAUCAAACUUUACUCUUCGGAAAAAAGGACACCAAUCUACCUUCACAUUUCCAGAGUAUUCGAUCUCAUUAAUAUUGUGGCGUAAUGAAUUUCUAGUGGAUAUUGUGAAAGAUAAGAAGCUGGGCAGAAUUUUAAAGCUGGACUCUAUUAAAGGAGGCAAUGCCUGGAAAGGAUUUGAUAUGUUAAUUUUCAAUACCUGGCACUGGUGGCUUCACAGAGGCAAACAUCAAGUAUGGGACUAUAUGCAGGAAGGCGAUAAGAUUUACAAAGACAUGGAUCGUUUAGAUGCCUUUCGGAAGGGACUCAAAACAUGGUCACAAUGGGUAGAUUACAAUGUUGAUCCUUCCGAUACACAGGUCUUUUUUCAGGGCAUCUCCCCCACCCAUUACCAUGGGAAAGAGUGGAAUGAACCAAAAUCAACUUGCAAAGGCCAAACCAAACCACUGGGUGGUUCGGUGUAUCCUGGAGGAUCAGUGCCCGCGGUGGUAGUGGUUAAUGAAGUACUCAGUAGUAUGAAGAAAGCAGUCACAUUGCUGGACGUGACGACACUAUCACAGUUGAGGCCAGAUGGGCAUCCUUCACAUUAUGGCUAUAAGCGAAAGAAGAAUGAUUGUAGCCAUUGGUGCCUUGCUGGUACUCCUGAUACUUGGAAUCAAAUUAUGUAUGCAAUUCUGGUCUCAAGUGAAACUCCUUAGUAUCAAGUCAAUGAUAUCUGAAAAAUAUACAUAUCAAGUAUUAACAUCCAUCCU